CUUUCAGGAAUUAAUUCACCGAAAAGAAAAAAACAAUCUUUUUAUUUCACUCGUUCAUGCCAGGCCUCCUAGGAAGUUCGUCUUUUUUAGCAACCACACCUCUUUGACUGUGGGAUCCUUUCCCUCGUUCACCUUAACCUUCUCAUAACAAAAACCAAAUUAUUCCAGACCAAAAUAAUUCAUUCGUUAGUCACAAAACAACAUUUUAUCUUAUUUAUUCAUUUAACUAGGUCAGAGGUUAACACACAAAAAAAAAAGACCCCAAAAAACUCAGGUGAACGGACCAACAGCAAAAAACAUCGUCCCUCUUAAGACUAGAGGAAAAUAAUAAUAAUAAUAACAACAAUAAUAAUAAUAAUAAAUAAAUAAUUGUUUUCUUAGGAGUGGGUUAUCACACACACACGCAAACAGAUACAUGAACAUAUUGUUUUCAUUUUGAUAUUUCUAUUCGUACAUUGUUUCUGGUUUUACUCCCUUUUAAAAUACGUCUUAUUAUUUAGUCGAAUCAGCUGGGUUUUCCCGAAGCUGGUUGGUCACCGCUGCUGAACACUUGGGCUCGUUUUUGAAUUGGAAUACCAUUAAUUAUAUACCUGCCUUGUUAAUUAGAACAGAGAGAUAAACAAACAGACAUGCAAGCAGACGAAUAGAUUAGGCAGGUACUUUGAUAAAGAUCAUAUAAUAUAUAUAUAUAUAUGUAUAUAUAUAUAAUCAGAUAGUUUGUUGUGGUUUAUUGUAGAUAGGUAGUGAAGAAGUGAAUGGGCUGAGAGAAAGAGAUAAAUAGGAACAAAGUGAGCGAAUGAGAGAUAGAGAGAAAGAGAUCGAAUGAGCGAAUGAAAGAGAGGCUGCUGCUGUCAGACCGAGAAGAUGAUCGGAUGAAAGAAAAAAGAAAAACAAACAAACCCACCUGUAAAAGGUAAGGGGUAAGAAGAAAAACCUUACUACCACCACCAUCACCACCACUACCACCAACAACAGUGCCACCGGCACCUUUAAUAAUAAUAAUAAUAUAAAUAAUAAUAACAGCAAGGUUUGUUGCUUUGUAAGAAGAACGAAAAGAAAAUGAAGCUAACACGGAUUCUGUUCACAUAUGCCCGGCGUAUUGCCGCCGUAAAGAGUAAAAAAUUCGUCGACUUUGAUCCCGUCUUUGAGAAAUAUGCAUCUUUUAAUCCGUCCCCGCUGUCUUUGGAGAAGUUUAUGGAAUUUGGAGGUAGUCAGAAUGCUUGUGAAAGGACUUCAUUUGAAUUUCUGCGUAAAGAAUUGCCUGUUAGGCUUGCCAAUAUAAUGAAGGAAAUCAACCUUCUGCCAGACAAUCUUCUACAAAUGCCUUCAGUGGCCAUGGUACAGAGCUGGUAUCAGCUGAGUUUCAAAGAGAUCCUUACAUAUGAAAAUGCUGACCCUGACGAUAAUGAAAUGCUUGAAAAGUAAGUGUGACGUUUGGUUUUAAUUAACAUUGAACAUACACACACACACCUACACCCCCACACACACAUCCAUACAUACAUGCAGGGUGUCAUAGAACUGAAGGACUCCCAUGGCAUCGACAGCAACACUGAGACUCGCAUCCAGUACUUCUUGGACCGGUUCUACAUGAGCAGAAUCAGUAUAAGAAUGCUUAUCAACCAACACACUCUCCUGUUUGGCUCUCAGCUUGCCCAGAAUAAUCGUCACAUUGGUUGCAUUGACCCCAACUGUGCAGUUUUAGAUGUUGUCAAAGAUUCCUACGAGAAUGCCAAGUUCCUCUGUGACCAGUAUUAUCUCAAUGCUCCAGAAGUGGAAAUCAAGACACAUAAUGCCACAGUGCCAGACCAAAAAGAAGACAUUCGUAUGGUCUAUGUACCAUCACAUUUAUAUCAUAUAUUGUUUGAACUCUUCAAAAAUGCCAUGAGAGCUGUUGUUGAGUAUCACCCCGAAGACAUGGAACUGCCAAAGUUAAAUGUCGGCAUCACCAAAGGAGAUGAAGAUGUGACUAUAAAGAUGAGUGACCAAGGAGGCGGCAUUCCUCGGAGUAAGUCUGACUUGUUGUUCCAUUACAUGUAUUCCACUGCACCACAACCAAUGCGAUCAGAGAAUGGAUCAGCACCACUGGCUGGUUAUGGUUACGGCUUACCAUUGUCUCGUCUCUACGCUCGUUACUUCCAUGGAGAUUUGAUCCUUAGCUCUGUUGAAGGCUUUGGAACCGAUGCAUUUAUCUAUCUAAAGUUGUUUCCAAGUGAAGCGAAUGAACUUCUGCCUGUUUACAACACGACUGCUUCGAGAAUGUACCAUACGGAUACCCUGAUUUCAGACUGGAGUUCUCCGGGGGCUGGUACGAACAUGAGUCGCAGUUAGUAGUGACAAAUGCAACCAAACAACAACACGAGUCACGGACUCGCUGUGACAACUGUUGUUACCUACAAACAACAACAACAACACGAGUCACAGCUAGUUCAGACAACUGUACGAGCAUGAGUUACAGCUAGUAGUGACGAUUGUACCAAGAGCUGUUUUGUUCAGAGGCUUCGGCUGCUGAGAAUGGAAAGUUUUAAAUAAACAAAAAUGUAGAGUUUUUUUAAAAAAUGGAUUUGAAGUGGACAUUUUACAAACUGAAAAA